AUGCGGCGGCUCCCGCUCCUGCUCCUGCUGCCCGCCCGCGGCGGGAGCGCAACGGUGGACUUCGACGCGGCCGUGAGGGCGGGCGACGUCGCCGCGGUCGUGGGCCACCUCGACGCGGGCCGCGACGUCGAGGGCCAAUCAAUGGGGAGCACGCCCCUGCUGCGCGCCGUGGCGCACCGGCGCGUCGCGGUCGCGCGCGCGCUGCUGGACCGCGGCGCCGACCCCGACGUGCGCGGCUCAGGGAUGCGGUCGCCGCUCGCGGUCGCGGCGCGGUGCGCCGCGCCCGGCGACGACCACGCCACGGCGCGCUGCGCCGCGAUCGCUUCGGCGCUGGUGGAGUACGGCGCGGACGUCGACGGUUGCGACUCAAUGGGCUGGUCGCCGCUCUUCCACGCGGCGCGCGCGCGCAACGUUUUGAUGUUGGAGACGCUGCUCGCCCUGAACGCGUCCGAAAGUUUGAUGGAGCGCUACAACGACGAGGACAUCUACUCGGGCCACCGCCGAACGUACGUCGAGCACGCGCGGCGCUUCGCUUCUCCAGACGACGACGAGUGCCGCCUCGGGUCGGCGGCGGCGCGGCGCGCGUGCGGCGCGCUGCGGGCGUGGCUCGCGGCGCGGGGGGGCUGA